AUGGAGGGAUACGAUGACAACGACUCUCGAUGCCUCCCUCGAAUGCCAAGAAUCUUCACUCCCCCUGACACUCAACCUGAAGUCGUUCUCUUCUCUGCAGCCGCUGACGAUGAAAAUUCCACCAAAAGCAAGGUUCUUCAUGAGCUCGCAACCUGUGACACCGAGACCGAUGACACACUUUGUCACGACAAGGAAGAAGAAGAAGAAGAAGAAGCAGAAGCUGGCCCAAGUAAUGCACCUCACUCGACCCUUAUGAGCCCUGGUGGCGGAAAAGCGCCCUCAACCGAUUUUGUUUCCGCGAAUAAAGAUGUUCCAGACGAGACCAUUCAAAGACUCAAGGAUAUCGCCAACAGGGUCCACGCACUGAACAGAGACCCGGAUGGGGACCAACUCAGCAGCUCAGGAGAAACCACGCCCACUGGGCACUCCUUGGAGGUGGAUUCGUUCAAGUCGUCAACCCCAGACCAAGCACCACAACCCCUGACCCGAAGCCGCCUACGAUCUAUACCUGAUGCAAGACCCAACAACCUCGGAGCGGUCUGUGAUCGGCUGAAAAACACCAAUGAAGGAUCUCAGGUUGCUACACAUGGCAGUGAUACAUCACGACCAGCUGGUUUAGAUACUAGCUCCAUGAACACCAAUGCUCGCGAAGCAGCUCCUGAAGAUGAACACCAGGCUUAUUACAUCUUCGAUCUACGUUCAAAUGGCUCGGCAUAUUUCAUGUAUGAAGAUACUGAGGAAAAUGAUGGAUUCAAAAUUGAGAGGGUAUCUUUCAAAUCCACGGCGCAAGAGCCAGGGGUGCGCGCCUACUACCUCGAAGCUUCAGACAAGGACCAGGGCGUACUGAGGCAUGGAAGCCACGAAACGCUCUGGAGGCUAGAUCCAUCCCAAGUCCCCGCAGUGAUUAUUGAUACCGAGAGUUCAGCUUCCCUUGAAGCAGGUGUAGAAGUCGGUGAUCCAUUGUAUGUCGGCGAAGAAGCUACCCAGAGCAUCGCUAAAAAAGUGAGUGAUCGCCUUCAAAAGAUCAGGCACUUGAGAGAACAUCUGCAUGUCAUAAAUGGAAAGGGCCAGCAAGUCCCAGAGGCCAAGAGGCUUUACCUCAUUGGCGACAAGGACAUCCGAGAUGUCGUCAGUAUCGUGUUGGACGAAACACUGAAGAAUGGCCACAUUCAAUUACCCGAGAGAACACCUACAACCACAGGGUCAUCUGACAGUCGACCGUUACCGCGACUCGACGAGAACUUGAAUGCUAUCCUGGUCCCCUCCCCGAUGGCGAUCGACCCUGCGACUACCAUUAAUCUACCCAGCACAUCUUACACAAACAUCAACGCGGCUGACAUGCAACCGAAAAAGCAUACUCCGUCCACGCUAUACCAAGAUGGUGUUGAUGCCCACUGCGGUGUUGAGGAGUUAGCUGCAUCGAGUUCUUCUGCAGAGCCCUCAAGGAUAUACUCAUACAACAACCCUUUGUUCGCUGCUAACCCAUUCAGAGCGCAUCCAACCAAACUGACGGCGGCGGGUAGACGUCUACCAACUCCUCUGGCGGCGGAGAGAAAGCUAAGUGCCUCACUCGACGCAGAUACGCGACGACGCCUGAGUGCCCAGGUUGCCGGCAUUGAGGACGAGGAGAUGGUCGAUUCCCAAAAUGGUUCACGGCAAAGUCUGAUGGACAAAAUCAAACAAGGAGGCCACAAGCUUUUCCACAAGAAUCACUUUCGAAAGCCGACGGGAGAAGCUCCGAUCAGAAUAGCUGAGAAUGAUAUAUCGCCGGGCGGCUUCUUGCGCUCCAGGGACAGCAUUGCCAGGGAACCCACCCCUGAACCACCCAAGCCUGAUGAUGAAGAGAUAUACGAGGCCAUGGAGGGCAGCAAGCUCAAAGUUCCACAUCCCAGAGAGGAGGCAUGCUCCGAAGACCAUCAACCUCACGAAUGUGUGAAUGAUUUGUCGUCUCGCGACAUUUCACCUAAAUAA